GAUUCCAGUCAAGAGGGUUUUGCACCUUCCCCGCACCACUGUGUCGCGAACCUUCUUGUUGUUACCUAACAAGCUGGUUCCUUGACUAAUAGAAACGGGUCCGGCAGCCUUCCGCCGGCCUUCCACCACCCUGCGAGACCAGACCAUAGUCUACUGAGCUCCGCAUCGAAUCACGGACCCCGACCCGUCCGGGUGCUGCCUCCUUCUCCAACCGGCCUGUCGCCAUCUCAGUGCAGCAUCGCGCACCUGACCGGCUGGCAAUUUCCCCCCGGACCACGUACCGCCAAGCCCCUGUCGGCCUCCACCACCCCUGGCUCUUGCUCGUUCCAUGGCGGUCUCCAAGCCAAGACCAACCGCAGACCGUCUGCAAUCCCUUCGGUCCCCGGACUACAAAGCCAUGGCGGCCGACGAACAAGCCCGGCCUCGCACCCCGGACCGGGCAUCUCGCUCUUCCUUCUCAUCCAUCCGCGAAGACGAAGACACGCUUCCCCAGACCUUCUCCCGCUCCAAAGUCUCGUCCUACUUCAGCCUUGAGAGUGAAGACGCCAUCGACGACUCAUCGUCCAGACCGACCACCCCACGUACCCGCUCGGGCCGGGACAUCAACAUGAUCCAGACCCAGUUUCAACCUCCUGUCACUCAUCCCAACAGCAAGCUCCUCGGCUACUGGACCCCAGCAGACAGCUUCAAGGGCUGGAAGGGCAUCCAGGUCAAGGGCAAGCUCGCCAGCAAAAGCUUUGGCGACCUUCAGGUCUUGCAUCAGGUCUUCAGCGGCCCUCCGCCCAGGCCGGCCCAGCGUGGCCGGUGCAGACCCGGCGAGGCUCCGAUCGAGAGGCUGCCGGCAGAGAUCCUCAGCUCCAUCAUCAGCCUCCUUGUUAUUGAUGUGCCCACCAAUGGCCUCACGAGACGCAAUGUGGACUUGAUGUCGCUGCUGCGGACGUCGAGGACGCUGCACGUCGCGACCCUCAGUACCCUGUACAGCAAGAUCACCAUCCCCCACUCCCGGAUCUUUCAGAAAUUCCUGACCCACAUCGCCGCGCACCCAAACCUGGGCACCAUCGUGCGGCGACUCGAUUUCUGCCACUUUAACCCAUCGCAACUGUUCUCGACGGCCGCCGAGCGCUCGCAAGCACGUAACCUGACAUCGGAGACGCUGCUCCAGUGCCUGGAGCUCACGCCGCACCUCCAAGAGUUCCUUGCCCAGGAGUAUAUUGACGAUGAUCUGGACGCGGGCGUCCUACAGAAGUUGUUCCUUGGGCUGCCCCAGCUCAAGGCGGUGGACUUUUGUGGUUGCACUUCGAACCGCUUCAAGGAGGCCCUCGUCGCGAUCAUCUCGCCCAACUGGCCGAAGGAGCUGUCGAUCCGCCGUCUCUCGAUGCACAAGUGUCUGACACUGCCGUCGUCGGUGUUCGAAGCCAUCCUGCCACGGCUGACCCGACUCACCCAUCUCGACGUCGCCGGCACGCGCAUAACGGACGCGGCGCUGGCCUCGAUUCCACGGACCGCCAGGCUCACCCACUUGAACCUCGCCAAGUGCACGCUACUCUCGUCCCGGGCCAUCAUCGACUUCCUGGCGAACCAUCCGGCGGCCAAGGAGCUGCAGUUCCUGAGCCUGGCCACAGACGCCCGGAGCCACCAGGCCUUUGACGCCGAGAACAUCACCGAGCUCCUCCCGAUCCUGCCGAGGACCCUAAAGUCGCUCAGCAUCAAGGGCGCCAAGAUGGAGUCCUCGCACAUCGACCUGCUGCGCCCGCUCACAAAGCACCUAGAGGAGCUCGCGCUCGGCCGGUCCCUGACGCUGCAGGAUGUCAACCGGCUGUUCAUUCCCGACGGCAGCGACGACGAUGACAAGGCCGUAGCCAUGCAGGUCGACUGGGUGCCGCACACGCUCCGGUACCUCGACCUGUCUGACUUCUGGGGCGCCGCCGAGCUCGACCUGGUAUAUCUCUUUAGCAGCGCCUGCGCGGUCCUGAAGCCCUACUCGGAGCCGCUCGAAGUGGUCGAGCUGGCCGAGGAGGCCUUUCGGCGGGUCGGAAAGUCGGCGACCACGCUGCAGCGCAUAGGCUGGCGCCAGUCCGAGUGCGGCAACCGCGGCUGGCUCGUGCGCAAUCCCACCGGCCCUAGGGCGGACGAUGGGCGCCGCGGGUGGAAAAUGGGCGCCGAGUCCUGGGGCAUGCGGAAGAUUCCCGUCGCGAAGGCCGAGGUGGGCGGCAUGUAUGGGUCGUUCAUGUUCGGACGGAAGCUUUGAUCAUAUAUUUGGGUUC